GCGGAUGCUACCCGGCGUCUGUUCGCCUGUCCAGCAAGUAUAAAUCACCAGUUCCAUGCUGCUUCGAACUCCCUCAUUCCAUCCAACUUCUACAACUUCCACAUCCAACCCAACAACCCAACAGCCAACCCUUCACGAUGAAGCUCACUGCCGCCGUUGCCAUCAACCUGGCUGUCCUGGCCAUCGCGGCUCCGACAACCACCUACGAUAAGCGUCAACCUGCCAACCCUGUCGCGGUAAUUACCAACCCAACUCAAGCCCAGAAGCAAAGACUAACAUUACUUUUGAAGGGCAUCAUGGAUAUGUUGAACAUCGGCCCGCAAGAGAGUAGCAGCUCAGCCUCCGGCCCUAAGCCGACGCCGACUAUGACCCCUAACUCAAACAUGAACUUCCCUGGCGAGAAGCCGAUGCAGGUUCAACAGCACGCCGCCGUAUCCUCUUCCGUUAUUAAGCCUAGCGAGACAUCACACUUCCACGUCUCGGCAGCUGCUACCUCUUCCGUGAGCAUCUCUGACAAUACCGCAUCAGCUACACCUACACCUACUUCUUCUACUUCCACUACUCCUACUCCUUCUCCCAGUGAGAAGCCGGCCUCCAACCCUCUUUCCGCCGUUACCAACUUGAUCAGUGGUCUGCUGGGUAACUAGGGUAACUCUGUACUUGAAUUCGGUCGGGUUGAUUUUGGUUUCUGGUAUUGUUUGGGUGUGGAUUUCUUAUUUCCUUCUUUCUGCCUCAUGUGUUGGUUGUGGGGCUUCUGGAUGUGAUAUGAUAUUGGGACUCUUUAUGUGUCGGAUUAGAUAGUUUUUAACGCUAGCUUAGAUAUCAACGAUGGAAUGUUAUUACUAGUAAUGCAAAACCGGUGCGCAUGAGUAGUCGUCGCACUUUAUCUGUAUGCACACCAUCGAGCUACAAACUAGGUUGGUAGAGAUAGACUAACUUGAAAGAACAAAUGUAUGUCUUCUAGUUUUGCACGGCCAAGGCCCAU